CGGAGCUAUCCAAUCACCAGUGCAAGACCCUCUUUCCCCAGCAGGGCUAGGAGGCUGAGAGUGAUGAAAUCCUACCAGGGUGGUUGCAGCGUGUUCAGCAGGAUCCUAUGAUAAGAUGUCUAACAGUUUCAGGGCAGCUGUUUUGAGGUUGAGAGGCUGGGAGCCCACAGGAAGUGACUUGGUGCUGAGCUGAUGCAGCUCUGUUCAGCACCCGUCCUGGCACGGAGGCUGCAACUGUCGCUCCUGGGAAUGUCCACAGAGUGCAUCGAUCCUUGGACAGGAGGGCCACAGAGCCAGACUCAGAGUCCAGGUGGGGGGUAUGGCACCUUGGCUUCAGGUGGGUGUCUGCCUCCCCCCACAUCUGCUUCCUGGAACCUGCCCCGCUGGAGAGCAUCCUUGGCUGCAGCUGUUCUCUGCUACAUCAACCUUCUGAACUACAUGAACUGGUUCAUCAUCCCAGGAGUGUUACUGGAUGUCCAGAAGUAUUUUAAUAUCAGUGACAGCCAUGCUGGUUUGCUGCAGACAGUCUUCAUCGGCUGCCUGCUGGUGUCUGCGCCUGUGUUUGGCUAUCUGGGUGACCGCCACAGCCGCAAGGCCAUACUGUGCUUUGGGAUCCUGCUGUGGUCAGGGGCUGGCCUCUCCAGCUCCUUCAUCUCCUACCAGUAUUCCUGGCUCUUCUUCCUGUCCCGGGGGGUCGUGGGCACUGGUGCAGCAAGCUACUCCACCAUUGCACCCACCGUCCUGGGUGACCUCUUCGUGAAGGACCAGCGAACCUGUGUACUGGCUGUCUUUUACAUCUUCAUCCCAGUCGGAAGUGGUUUGGGCUACGUGCUGGGGUCAGUUGUGGCGGAGCUGACAGGGAACUGGCGUUGGGCCCUCCGAAUCAUGCCCUGUUUGGAUGCUGUGGCCUUAGUUCUGCUCAUCCUGCUGGUUCCAGACCCACCCCGAGGAGCAGCUGAGAAACAGGAAGAAGUGGCUGUGAGGGCUCCGAGGAGAAGCUGGUGUGAGGACGUCAGAUACUUGGGGAGAAACUGGAGUUUUGUGUUUUCAACCCUCGGAGUGACGGCCAUAGGUUUUGUGACUGGAGCUUUGGGCUUCUGGGCACCCAAGUUUUUGUUUGAAGCUCGCGUGGUCCACGGCCUACAGCUUCCCUGCUUCCAGGAACAGUGCGGCAGUCAGGACAGCCUGAUUUUUGGGGCACUGACGGUCGCAACUGGCAUUAUUGGUGUCAUCCUGGGGGCGGAGGCCUCGAGAAGGUACAAGAAGGUGAACCCCAGGGCUGAGCCCCUCAUCUGCGCUUCCAGCCUAUUUGCUGCAGCUCCCUGCCUCUACCUGGCUCUCAUCUUGGCCUCAAGGACCCUCCUGGCCUCCUAUGUGUUCCUGGCUCUCGGGGAGCUCCUUCUGUCUUGCAACUGGGCAGUGGUUGCUGAUAUCCUGCUGUCGGUAGUGGUGCCUAGGUGCAGGGGCACGGCAGAGGCGCUCCAGAUUACAGUGGCCCACAUCCUGGGAGACGCUGGCAGUCCCUACCUCACUGGACUUAUCUCCAGCGUCCUGCAGACUGGGCGCCCAAACUCCUAUCUGCAGCGCUUCCUCAGUCUGCAACACAGUUUCCUGUGCUGCGCCUUUGCCAUCGUGCUGGGUGGUGGCUGCUUCCUCCUGACUGCACUGCACCUGGAAAGAGACCAGGCCCAGGCCAGGCAGGCUGGCAAAGGAACUCUGGACAGCGAAGACAUAGUCAGCAGGAACCCUGAGAGUCAAGGCCUGCUCUCCAGCACCAGCACCCCAGCAGAGCAUUCCUGAGUCCAUCUUGCAGUGAGCAGGCUUUAUCCUACCCACAUCCUCCUAGUGGCUCCACCCAUCUUGGCUAUGAUUCAGGGACCCCGGCUAAGCUACACUUGCCACUUGUUCAGUCCCUGCUAGAGAACUGCCAGGGCCCAGGAGCUGGCUCAAUUGAGUUGUCACUACCCUUCAGGGAGGCUGGGCCCUUAUUAAAGCGUGACCAGUGCAAAGCCCUGGGAUUUCAGGGCUUCUUAGACCCAUCUUGUUAUUUAUAGCCUCGUGAAGCCUCUGCAGGAAGAGGGGCGGGCAGUGGGCAGGCCAGGCCAAGGAUUCACGGUGGCCUUUACAAUAGGGACCCCGAGGAAGUUGCUCAGCUUUGUUGUUUGGGUGUCUCCACCAUGAGUACCUCACUCUGACUCAGAUUCUCCUGUUUGCAAAGGCUAGGGGGGACAGAGGUACCUCUCUGUGAGCAUUCAUCUUCUGAACAGGAGGUGGUCUUGGAGUUAGGUUCCCUGUGCCUGCUGGUAUGGGGAUGUGACCCCACUCAAGCCUGUGCAAAUUACAGAAGCAGCUGCCUCUGAGCUACAUGCAGAGAAGCUCACAUGACUGUUCACACAUACUCCUGGAAGUAGCCCUCCUUCUCUCCAGCCUAUCUUUGACCCCAGCAUCUCCAUGGGGAGGGCUGGCUCUGUGGGACCCAUGCUUGGCACUGGGUUCUGAGCAGCUGGGCUCAGCGGGCCCUGCAGGAGAUCAACAGCUUCCAGGCGGGCAGCAGCAGGGAGGCUUGUUCUUUCCGCCUAUGACCCCAGCUUCUGUCCCCUCCCCCGGAGCCCAGCCAGGCAAUCAUUCACUCACUCAUUGCCACCUCUGCUGUGCCAGGCUGUGCCUGCCUCCCAGCAUCUGUGGGCAGAGCAGUGGCCCAGCAUUCAGCACUGUUCCUUGCCCUUACAUUCAUUCUUAUCCUGCCUCCUCAGGCUUCUCCUUGUUCCUAGUUAGCUGUGACAGGCUCCUGGAGCUAGGUUCACUAGCUCAGCCUACACAUGCUCCCGGGUUUAGCUCUCCUCAGGAGCAGGCAUCUCCAGGACAAAAGCUCCCAUUCCCUGAGUCGGCAUCAUCAUUGAAGGGAAACAACCACCCCGAAACUCCAAGGAAACCGACUGGUGUGGGAGCUUGACUAUCUGAGAAAGAGGCAACCGCGCUGCUCUCAGUACACAGGGUACAGAAGAUCAGGGCCACAGCCCGCCUUUCAGCUGCAGAGUCCAAAGCUCUGUUUGAGACGCACCAAAUGCAGAUUUCUAGCUCCCAUGUGACUCCCACAGGCUAGUUCCAGGGUCAGAACCCAGCAGCCACGCUGUCUUGAAACUCAGCUUCGCAGACAAUGGGCAGAGUCCAGUGGCUGGGGAGGGAGACCAGAAACAUCGCUUGUGCUAAAUCUACAAACACUGAUGGUUAUCAGUAGGUCCCUUCGAGGUGUGGGGCAAUAAAUCAGACUCCAGUCUGCCCUUGGACCUCGGGAGACAUACUUCCUAUGACAAAAGGGUCACCUGGCUCAGAAACCUUCUAGAGGUGACUUUGGGGCUGGCAAGGACAAGAGGUGUGGAGGAAAGGAACCCUAGGCAGGGGGAAGAGAACUAGGGUAUAGGCAAUGGGACAGGAAAAAGACUGUGAGUCAUGGAAGGGUGUAGAGGGGCCAGAGAGGAGGCAUGCUCGCCACUGGUGGGAAGAGGUGGCAGGAUUGGCUGGGACUAGGGGCCUCAGUGCAGAGAACUGCAGCUCUCAUCCCUAGUCUCGGGCAGGGAAAGGUCACAUCUUCCAGUACAUUCGGAAGCUUGAGUUCCCAGGAUGCACUGAGACUCAGUGCUCAGCCAGAGAUUUACAGGAUAUUAUUUUCUAAGUGAGCUUGGGGAGUGCCAGAGUUUGGGGACUGAGGGACCCUGGGAGGACAAAGCCACACCUCAUCUACAGUCAAGCUAGGCCCCAGCUUCCCUCGGGUCCUACCUCUCCCUGUUGGGGACUAGUCCCAGCAGAUGAGAACACAGGAGCAAGCCCUGUGAGAGGCCCCCAGUGCCUCACUACAAAGGGUAGCAUAGUAAACAGAAUACAUCUUUAUCGCCUGAAGGAUGCUGUUGGGUAAUCCUGGUUAUUGACACUCUGGACUUGUUUGUUGGGAAUGUCAACAGCAGCGAAAAUGCUAUUCAGCAAGACAAGUCCCCAAGCCGACCCUGCUCACUUCACGUGUUAAUGACUCAGCUUCCAGGAGACAUCCUGGCAGGAAGCCGUGUCUGCCUAUGUCUAUGCAUGUGCCCGUGUGGCCAGCUUGCUCUCUAGCGGCGUGUCUUUCAGUCUGGAGGAUGGAGCAUGCAUUUAGGUUCCUGCACCUCGACCUGGCUUGUUGCCCUGCAACUAGCCAUUGGCCUGUCUGUCCCACCCCUAAGUGAGUGACUUCCUGCUGUGUCAGGGUAGUGAGGUAGCUGUGUGUGAAGUAGCUGAGCUCACCAAGGUUCUAUCACAGAGUCCAACAAGAAGUGCCGGUACUUGUUGAAGCCAUGAUUUACCCCAUUGCCAAGAGGAUGGGUUUGCACUGGCUCCUACAGCAUUUGGGUUAUGGAGCUGCAUGUAACUGGGCCGAACUGAUGACCUUGAGGAGGCAAAGGAUUCAUCAGCAGUGUAGGAAGAGCUCACGGAAUUGGUAGCAAGGUUGAAGAGCCAGAGAUUUUACCUCAUCUUUUAAUUUUUCAGAGCGCCAGACACUUUCCCCUACUCUUUUCCUACUUACUCAAGAUUUAAUGCCCUAGGCAUAAAAGUUCAGUUGGGUUAGCUUGGAUCCUCUGCCUGUGUCUUGAUUCAUAGCUCCAUUAAGACCAGGAAGCCAGGAAAGCUGCUAGGAAGAGGAAUGAAUUAAUUCCGAUCAUCAAAACCAAAUGGCCGGGGGCGUGGCUCAGUGAUGGUGCUUUCUUAGCUGGCCCCAAGUUUGAUUUCCAACACCAAAACAAUAAAAAAUUUUAAAAGGCUCCUCCCCUUCCUCAAAAAAGUGACAGCAUCUACUGCGAUGAUUUGGGGCAGGUCACUGGCCUCUCCACAGGGUGAGGAAGAGCCUCCACUCAAUGUCCUUCCAGAGACUUUGUUUUUGAUGGUCUCAGGCCAUGGUCAAAGGUAACUGAAACAUCUAUAAUAUAGAAAGUGUUAAAAAUGUCCAAAUGAGUCAUGUAUAGCGAUGCCUUUAUUCCAGCACUUGGCAGCCAGAGGCAGGUAGAGGUCUAAGUAGAGCCAGCUCAGUCUAUAGAGUGAGUUCCAGGAUAGCCAAGGCAACACAGAGAAACCCUAUCUUGAGAAAAAAAAUGUUCAAAUGAUGGAACACGAACUUCUGUAUGAGCAGGGAUUCAGAGCCAUCUGUUCUGAGCAGGAGAGAGGCAGAGAUGACAUGUUCAGAGAAAAACUCACGUGGCAGGCCCCAAAAUGGGGGGUGGGGAGACUCCAGUGAGUCUCUGGUGUGGCAAUAGCAGGAGCAGAGUGGGGGUGCCUUCUCCCCAGCUAGGGUGGUGACCUGCAGGAAAGCUGCUCCAAGGAUGGAGGGAGGUGUCAUUAGGGAGAAAAAUGGCUUCUCCACAGGCGGCAGGAUUGAAAUCUGGCUGGUUUCUGAGUCACCCAGAGCAACAGAUAUACAAUGCAAAUCAACACAUAUUUCCUGCACCUGCUAAAUGUCAUUUGCUCAUUCAAUCAACAAACAUUCUCUAAGCACCUCCUCUGCAAUGGAUGGUGAAGAUGAAUCAGACAGGGCAUGAGCCCUUGAGGCUCAUCUCUUUUGGGGGUGGAGUGGUGGUGGAAUCAAACAAACAUAAUCAGAAUAAUGAGUUUGGUGUGAUGGAGGAAUAUACAUGUUACAAAAUAGCCCCGAGGAGGAAAUGAUUGGUCACCCAGGUGGGUCAGGGAAGGCUUCCAUGAGGAAGUCAAGCCUGUACUGGACUUGUGAAGGACAGCUAUAGAAGCUAGCCUGGAAGGCCCUGUAGGCAGAGCCCAACUAAAGGGUCGGGGGAGGUGGGGGCGUGAGCAUGUGGCGCUCUCCGUGGUCCUGAACCAUCGUUCCUUUAGCAGGGUUUUCUGGCAGAGGGCAGAUAGGGACUACAAACAAAUGAGCUAAUUUUUGCCACUUGCCCAGGCUCCAGGAAGUAUCUGGGUGUCAAUCCUGGGAGUUCCAUGUCAUCGAAAGGACUUCUAAGAUCCUUUACCUUGAGACAGUGUGCUGGAGAUAUGUAGGAGGCUCUGAAGUCAGAACACAUGGGUCAGGAAGGGUUGUGAAGCCACAGAGAGAUCUAUGGAGAGGUUUUGUUCCAGGCAGUGAUCAGGUCAUGGGUAUGGUUUGAAAACUUAUUAUCAAUAACUGGGUGGGAAAGCCUGGAGGUGGAGUUGGGAUCAGGGAGUCCAAGUAAGAUAUCUGAGGUAUAUCAGUGGGCAGCGGGGAACAUUGAAAGUGAGACACAACAGGCUAUAGCUAAAAACAAAUGGCCUGUAGGGUUUCUCCUUGGUGUCAUUGUGGGCCAGGAGUUAUGAUGCUAUGGUAAGAAGCAGGUUUGAGGGAAUGAUGGUGAGUUCCAUUCGGGAUAUGCUGAGCUUAAGGUGUUUGUGGGAUUGCUAGGAGGAUGUGUGGGAGAUUUAUGUGAAAUUAAAACUUGGCCAUAGGGACUGUCUAGAGGUGGAGGUCAGGGUAUUGUAAACAAAUGCAUGAUUGCUGAGAGCCCAUGUGUAAGUGAAGGCUGCUCAAAGAGUGUGCCAAGUGACGAGAAGCUACCACAGCCUGAUCCAGAAAAAUGCUACCACAUAGGCACAGCAGAAGUGAGAGGGACUGACCUCCAUCUGGUUCAUCAGCCUUGCUGGAGCUCAUUGUACGUUCUCGCAGAAUGGUCUGUAGAGUCACAGUCAUACAAAGUGUUCUGUGGAAAAACGGGAGUUCUGGGAGACUCAUUGUCUUGGUUUGAGUUUCUAUUACUGUGGUUAAA